AUGUCAAGCCAGCGCAUCGAUAUAGGCGCGUCAAGCAGUCCGCCUCCCAAAAAGGCAACCCGACAUACACAUGAGGACCGCUCAGAUGAUCACGUGCGUGUUAGGCCCGACUACCGCGUCGCGAUUGACUUCGGCACGACUUUCACGACCGUUGCUUUCGUCAGAUGCCAUGCAUCUGACGAAGGGAAGAGUGUGGUGCUGACAGUGGAGGAGUUCCCUGGCGAUCGCUGUGUUGGACGCAACGGCACACAGGUGCCCACCGAGAUAUGGUACCCGAGCAAGGAAAAGGGUGCUGCAAGGCGCAAUGCUGUUCAAAAUGUGCUCUAUGGGUACGAAGUCACGCGCCGCCUUGAGCUACCUGAAGAGGAUCCACUUCGUUCUGCUUACAAGACCACCGGCCUGGUUUCGAAGCCAAAGUUGCUAUUGGACGAGAACCCUCUUCUGUACGACCUGAGGAAAGAUGUGCUUGGCGUUAUACAACAGCUCAAGAAAGAUCAUCUCAUCAAGAAGAACGAGGAAGUCAUCGAGCACUUACUGGUAUACUUCCUCAAGCACACCAAGUCAGUACUCCAGCGGGAUCACGCACUAGUGGAAGUGACAUUGGAGGUACCUGUAUGCUGGAGCGCAAGGGCGAAUGCAGCGAUGAGCACUUGUUUGCAGAAGGCGAUCAGCACGGUACAGUUUGGCACGCAGAGUCUCGGCAUGCCUCAGUUGUUCAUGGUCAAUGAAGCUGAGGCUGCUGCAAUGCAUGUAGUAUCUUCGGACUCCGCUCAUCUGAGGCGUGGCGAGUGCUUCAUCUUACUAGACUGCGGUGGUGGCACUACCGACGUUGGAACAUACAAGAUUGCCAAUGGCCAGCCGCUUCGACUUGAACAGGAAGUCACCCACCCCAGAGUAUGUGGCUCGAGCGACCUCAACACGCGCAUGCGCAGGUUUGCUGCCAUCAAUUUGACCGAUGAGACUUACCUGGAAGAUGAAGAGGAGGGCACCACUAUCUACAACGUCAUCGACUCUGAGAUCAUGCCUUACUUCGAGAGCGAAGUGAAGCGAGCUUACGACCCUAACAAAGAACAAUCGUUCACCUUCCGUAUUCACGGCCUGAAGCGGAGCUCAGUCAACUCUAGGCUAGUGAAGAAUCACUUCGUGGACCUCUUCGACAAGUCGCUCAAGACCAUUGAGUGCCUUCUGCUGGACCAGAUCGAGCAUGCGCAACGCAGCAACACCAAAAUCGAUAAAGUCGUACUGGUCGGUGGCUUUGGAGACUCACCAGCGCUUAAGGAUUACCUCAAGUCUAGUUUACAACGAUAUAACGCCCAACAUGGCACCACUAUGCAGCUAGUACCCGCGGCAGCAAACACAAGCGCAACCGGCGUGGCGACAGGUGCGAUUAUGAGAGCACAAAACAAAGACGAUGGACCGAAGCGCAUCCCCUGUCGCAGCAUUGGCGUGCUCUACCACGUCCCAGACGACCCCGACUACAACUUCUCGAAAGAGGUGCUCAAGCAGGCGUGGAGUAUCUCUGAGCUCUCACAGGAAGAGUACAUCAUGCGUACUAUUCGCUGGAUCAUCAAAGCUGGGAAGGGCGAGGUUAAGCCGGUGCACAAGUAUGACUUCUUGAGCAUGCAUUACUUCAGUCCAGAAGACUCCAAAUGGAUCGCUGAGGAAGCGCUGUAUGCUUCCGAUACCUGUACAGAGGACUACUUCACACGCUCGCACCCUAAGAACAAGGGCAAGACCUCGGAGUUCGGCUUGGUGCAGUUCGACGUUACGCACCUUCAAGAUCGGAUGAAGCUCUAUAUCCCGCCCGAUGCCGAGGAAGGCUCUGAGCGAUACGAGGUUACGCUCCUGGUCCGUAUGAAAGUUAUCGAUCGGCAUCUCGAGUUUACUGCAUACUGGCCCGCUGAUGACGAUAAUGCCGCUGCGAUUCCCGGUAGCCAGACAUGCUUCGACCUGUCAGCCGCAUUCGAGCCCGGUACCGGUUAG